AUGUAUCGGUCCAAUAAUAAUAAUAACAAUAACAACAAUAAUAAUAGCGCAGAACGAGAUGUAGAGCUGCGACUUCUGAUCCAUACUUCACACGCCGGGGGUAUCAUUGGAAAGGGAGGCCAACGGAUUCGAGAUUUAAGAGAUCAAACAAAAGCGGCGAUUAAAGUGUUUUCUCAAUGCUGUCCGAUGUCGACAGAGCGUAUCUGCGCCGUCCAGGGGGGCCCCGCUCUUGUCAUAGAGGCUAUUAAAAUAGUCUUAAACAUAAUAAUCUCGUCGCCAAUCAAAGGACCCGUCAAACUCUACGAUCCCUACAAUUUUGAUGUUUAUUGCGCCCAAGAAUACGGCGGAUACACUGAUCCCGGACCCACUAAUUUCCGUGGCGGUCGCGGCGGUGGUGGCGGCGGUCCUAAUAUGCCAUUCGGUAGAGGGGGCGGCCCUCGUAUGGGACGAAUGCCAGACCGACGGGGAGGGAGUGGUCACUGGCAACAAGAACCUCCAUCUCUACCUCCGAUUCCUGAUGGAUGGGCCGCACGGAUGCCUUUUAACGGACCCGCAGACAGACGUCCACACAAUCAAAUGUAUUCGAGUCGAUGGCUCACAUCCGAUAAUCCCCGAUCCGUUCCGCCGCCAACACAAUCGCCACAAGUGGGCGCAGAGACCCCCUAUUGGUCUGAUGUGAUUCCAAACGAUAGCAUCACUACUGGCGCUCCCAUUCAUUCAUCAAAUUCGUGGUCCACUCCUUAUUCCGCUGCUAAUAAUGAACCAAAUUUUGGACCGAAUUCUGGUGAAGAUGUUUCAAAUUUAGUGGAAAACUCUGACGGUUCCGCUUCGGCUACUAUUAGUGUUCCAAACAAUGUCGCCGGCGCUAUCAUAGGAAAGGGUGGAAAUCGGAUAAGACUUGUGCGCAGAGACUCUGGCGCUGAUAUAGCUAUAGAUAGUGCUGUCGGUCCGGGAAAUGAGAGGAUGAUUACAGUGAAAGGCAAUGCACAUCAGGUCCGAAUGGCCUGCUCUAUGAUCCAUAAGAGUAUCGCCGAAAAUACCCGACUCAGACAUAAAUUAUAUUUAUAA